CACUCGAAGUCUUUAGUGUUCUCAACAUAAACAACUAAAACAAGACAAAACGCUUUUGUCUCUUUCUCCAAAUCUACGAGGAACCAAGAGAAGACAAAAAAAAAAUCGAAUACUUACUAAGCUUGCAUAUAUAUAAGAAGAAGAUUCAAGUAAGUUUCUUUCAGUACAGAGAACAAUGUAUGUUUCUGAUUUUCGGUCUUCAAUAUGUUACAAAAUCGCAUAUAUAUAUAUAUUCACAAAUAUACUCACUUUCGUUCACGAGAAGUCGAGAACAACUAUGUUUCCAUAAUAUUACAUUUUUGAUUUUAUUCUCCUUGGAAACUAUGUACGUUAACUUAAUUUAUCUGACGUAUGUAUAUAUGUGGUUCAUAUAUGUGGUUCAUAUAUAUACAUACGUCAGAUAGAUUAAUGGGAGAAUGGGAAGAUUAAAAGAUAUGGGGCGUAUAAUUAAUAAUAAUAUGUUCAUUUAACGACUGUGGAAAGUGAAUUACUACUUUGAAACCAUGCAUAAAAGUAAUUACUUUUGUUUUUGUCGACUAAGUAAUUUUGUUUUUAGUAUCAUUUUAUGUGUAUAAAGUUUUGUUCAAUGGAAUCAUUAUGAGUAAUCAAAGUAUCAAAUUUAACUUUUUCAUAAUGAAAUGGAUCAAAUAUACUUUAAUCAUAAUUACUUUUACAUUUUUAUUAUAGGCAUACUUGAAUUCUUAAUUUCACAUCAGUUCCAUGCAUAUCUUUCUAUGUACCGAUGAUAAAGUAUGUGUUACAAAUUGCCAUAUUGCAGAACAUAUAAAAAAUUAGUAGAUCAUAAUGGAGAGUCUCUCGCACAUUCCUCCCGGUUAUCGAUUCCAUCCGACCGAUGAAGAACUUGUUGACUAUUAUCUCAAGAACAAAGUUGCAUUCCCGGGAAUGCAAGUUGAUGUAAUCAAAGAUGUCGAUCUCUACAAAAUCGAGCCAUGGGACAUCCAAGAGUUAUGUGGACGAGGGACGGGAGAAGAGAGGGAAUGGUAUUUCUUUAGCCACAAGGACAAGAAAUAUCCAACUGGGACACGAACCAAUAGAGCAACGGGCUCCGGAUUUUGGAAAGCAACAGGUCGAGACAAGGCCAUAUACUCAAAGCAAGAGCUUGUUGGGAUGAGGAAGACUCUUGUGUUUUACAAAGGUAGGGCCCCGAAUGGUCAGAAAUCCGAUUGGAUAAUGCAUGAAUACCGUCUUGAGACCGAUGAAAAUGGACCACCUCAUGAGGAAGGAUGGGUGGUUUGUCGCGCUUUCAAGAAGAAACUAACCACGAUGAAUUACAACAAUCCAAGAACAAUGAUGGGAUCAUCAUCAGGCCAAGAAUCUAAUUGGUUCACGCAACAAAUGGAUGUUGCUAAUGGUAAUUACUACCAUCUCCCUGAUCUAGAGAGUCCAAGAAUGUUUCAAGGCUCAUCAUCAUUACAUCAGAAUGAUCAAGACCCUUAUGGUGUUGUACUAAGCACUAUUAACGCAAACCCAACCACGAUAAUGCAACGAGACGAUGGUCCUGUUAUUACCAAUGAUGAUAAUCAUAUGAUCAUGAUGAACACAAGUAAUGGUGGUCAUCAUCAAUCAGGAUUACUAGUCAAUGAUGAUCAUAAUGAUCAAGUGAUGGAUUGGCAAACGCUUGACAAGUUUGUUGCUUCUCAGCUAAUCAUGGGCCAAGAAGAGGAAGAAGUAAAUAAAGAUCCAUCAGAUAACUCUUCGAAUGAAACAUUUCAUCAUCUCUCUGAAGAGCAAGCAACAAUGGUUUCUAUGAAUGCCUCUUCCACUUCUUCUCCUUGUUCCUUCUACUCUUGGGCUCAAAAUACACACACGUAAGAUCAAUCCUUAAAACGUGUGUGUAAAUCCGCACGCCUAUAUAUAAUUAAUUGAGGUUCAUGCUUAUUGAUUACAUAUCAUACAUAUGUCUUAACGACUACUGAUUAUUAUUUUACACAAAAAUUGUUUAUUUAUUGUGUUGUAACUUUAUAGUUUUAUAAG